AUCACGUGAUUUGGGCUAUUCUGGUCACGUGGUGUGGGCGAAAGGCGGCUUUGUGGCCGCCAUGUUGUGCGGCCCCGGGCCGGGCCGGGCAUGGCGGGGGCCGGCAGCAACUGGCUUUCGGGGGUCAACGUGGUGCUGGUCAUGGCUUACGGCAGUCUGGUCUUCGUGCUGCUGUUCAUCUUCGUGAAACGCCAGAUCAUGCGCUUUGCCAUGAAAUCCCGCCGUGGCCCCCACGUACCUGUGGGACAGCAUGCACCCAAGGAUUUAAAGGAAGAGAUUGACAUUCGACUGUCAAGGGUGCAGGACAUCAAGUAUGAGCCACAGCUGCUGGCAGAGGAUGACGGCCGGCUCCUGCAGCUGGAGACACCAGGUUGCUAUAACUACCUGUACAGGAUGAAGGCACUGGAUGCAAUCAGGACAUCAGAAAUCCCGUUUCAAGCAGAGGGCCGGUACCCAAAGUCUUUAAUCGGGAAGAACUUCUGUGCCUACUUGCUGGAACUGCGGAAUUCCAGCACCUCCUUCAAAGGCAUCCGCAAAGCCUUGAUUGACACCUUGCUGGAUGGCUAUGAGAGUGCCCGCUAUGGCACUGGGGUCUUUGGGAAAAUGGAAUAUCUGAAGUAUGAAGAAGCUCUGAACGAACUGGCAAACAUGACCAAGACUCGGGGUGGCAGCAGCCAGCGGCAGCACCAGUCAGCAGUGAAAGACCUCACCCUGUCCCCUGAAGUCUCCAAUCCCACCACCAUCCAGGUCACCUACCUUCCUUCCAGCCAGAAGAGCAAACGUGCCAAACACUUCCUGGAGCUGAAGAGUUUCAAGGACAACUACAACACACUGGAGAGCACCCUGUGAGCGUGCAGGGGCCUGGUGCAAUGGGUAUGCUGGGCAGGUCUGGGCUGCAGUGCAGGCAGCACUGAGAGGAACCAGCUGCACUUUCAGAUCUCCCCCUCAUACCACGUGGGAGGUCAUCGCUUGGUGGGGGCUCCAUUCCAGCUGCUGGAGUUUGGCCCUCACCAGGAGCCCAUUCUGGAGCUGCUGAGCCUAUGGGGAUCAGCCCCAUGGCCUUCUCUGCCACAGGCUUAUGACACUCCAGUCUCUGAGUCCUGCACUGUCUUGGACCCUGUGAAUAAACUCAUGAGCUUGAGCUUAUUUAUAAAGAGAUGGAUCCCAGCCAGCACUCUCCUCUGCCCGCCCUUCCCUGCAACAGCUAGCGGGAACUGAUGUUUGUCCAUCCUGUCCGUGUAGGUCUUGGGCACUGGAGCCACUUGUCUGUUUUUUUCCAAAGGGUGAACACUUUUCCCCAUGACAUCAUUGUUCCUGCUGUCAGCCCUUUGUGGCCAGCCUGCCUGUGCACCAGGAUGAGGUAGAAAUAGUUUGGUGCCUGUUCUUAGCACUGUGGCUAAGCUACCACUCUGGGCUGAGGUUUCUACUCAUUCUCCUGCAACCGGGCAUUUGGGGACGUCUUGAGUGGACAAAACAGUGCUAAAUGUUCCAUCUGUUCUGCCAAGGGGGUGUUUGCUCCCACUUUCACCAGCGCCUCACAUGCCAGCGUCUGCCGAGCUCCUGAGGCUGAAAGCUCGUGGCCCCCACCUUGAGUCUGCAUUCUGUCAGGCUGAGGACAGCACUGGCAGCUCAUCCAUCACUGUGGCGUGGGCGACACAGAGUAGAGAGUACAGACCUUGGCACUUUUUAAUUACUGUUUAAUAAAAUGGCAGUUCAGCUCAA